AACGCUAAUGAUUGUCUUAGAUGUUAAUGGUUACUUAAAGCCCAAUAAGAAAUUAAAGCUGACUUUUUAUUUUGAUUUUUUGAUAUCAAGACUUAAGUUUUAUGUUACAUUAAACAAAAAAAAAGAUUUGAUUUUUAUAGCCUGUGUUGAACGGACGCCGCUGAAAAUAAAUUAGCCUCAACAAAAGGAGAGAGGUGAGAGAAAGUGGAGAGAGAGAGAGCGGGGGGAAAAAAGAGUGGAGAGAGUUGAUGAGCAUCUGGAAAAGAGGGGGAGUUUAACUGAGUCCAAAGAAGAGGAGAAGAAAGAGAGGAGAAAAAAAAUUCUUUUGCAAAGAAAAAGGAGGAAAUAUUUUUCCUAAGGGAUUCAGCAAAAUUCCCUAAUACCCACAAAAGACUGAUUCUUGAUACCGGUAUUGGUGAAUCAUAGCACAUUUUGACCUCUCUCUCCAGCCAGAAACACCACCCUUCAAAUUUCCACUAUAUUUAGCACGCUCCCUCCUCUCCGUCCACCCCUCUCUCUCCCUUUCUCUCUCUUCUUGUGUAGUGCUAAUACUUCUAAAAAAGAUUUACCUUUGUGCUUUAUUGCACUUUCCCACAGUGUGUGUGUGUGCGUGUUGGGGCUACUCACAGUUUUACAUAUUCAUCAACCGCAUCCCUUUUCAUUUAUUGGGAAUUCUCGAGAGUGAGAGAGAGAGUUGGCAUUCUGAGGUUUGAAGGUUUUUGUGUGGAUUCUUGAUUGCAAAUACAAUCAAGAAGCUAUGAUGAUGCAUGGUGAAACCAUAAGCAAUUCUGAAGGAGAGAUUAAAGUCAGUUUUGGCUAUCAUUGCAAUGGUGAGAAUGAUAGUUCUUGGGAUAGGCCUAAUUAUAUUGAUAUCCCGUCUUCUGGUGGACUCCGGAGAGCCAGUAGUUCUUUCUCUUGCCUCUCCGGUGCUGCAUUGAGUGCUAAUGCUACAUUAGCUAACACAAAUAUCUGCAACGGGCUGAUUGCCUCCGAGAUACUCCCGACUCUGGACUCUCCCAAUUCAUUCCGGAGGAUACCAUCUCUAACGAAGAUGGACCUACUGUCGUCUUCUCUCCAGAGCAGCAUGUCGAUCUUGAGUUUUAGCCCAUCCUCACCAAGUGAGACACUUGAUUAUGAUUCCUUUUCACUCAAGUCCAUGAGCGCUCCAUCUAGAAGCGAAAGCUUUCUCAAUGCUAUGGAAUUGCAAAUAGCUGGAGGCGCAGCUGGCGAAGACAGAGUUCAAGCUGUUUGCUCCGAAGAGAAUGGUUGGCUCUUUUGCGGUAUCUACGACGGCUUUAAUGGAAGGGACGCAGCUGAUUUUCUGGCAGGGACGUUGUAUGAGACAAUCACUGCUCACCUUAACUUGCUAGACUGGGAUCUGGAUCAGGAUUUGUCGAAGGGCACUGAUUGUUUGUACACGCAAAAUGGGGACAGAUUGUUCAAGCAGAGCGUGCUUAGCAGCCUUCAACACGCCCUCAAUCAAGCGGAAAGUGAGUUUCUGCACAUGGUCGAACAGGAAAUGGAUGACCGUCCCGAUUUAGUAUCUAUAGGAUCUUGCGUGUUGCUCGCUCUACUCCACGGGAAAAACUUGUACUUGCUCAAUCUUGGUGAUAGUCGAGCAGUCUUGGCUACCUAUGAUAAAGGGAAUGACACAAGGGGCAGUGAGGGGCUGCGAGCUGUCCAGCUCACCGAUAGCCAUACUGUCGACAACGAAGAUGAAAGAAUCCGACUUCUGAAUGAACAUCCCGACGACCCUUCUACACUUGUGGCUGGAAAAGUGAAAGGAAAGCUAAAGGUGACAAGGGCCUUUGGGGUUGGUUACUUGAAAAAGAAAGACAUGAACGAUGCUUUGAUGGGUAUUCUUAGAGUCCGUAAUCUCAUAAGUCCUCCUUAUGUAUCUCUCGAACCAUCUCUUAUCGCACACGAAGUAUCGGACUCUGAUCACUUCGUUGUGCUGGGGAGUGAUGGCUUGUUUGACUUCUUCAGCAAUGAUGAAGUCGUGAAUCUCGUGCAUUUGUAUAUGCUAAAGAACCCCUCUGGUGAUCCAGCAAAGUUCCUUGUCGAGCAGCUCGCUGCAAGAGCAGCAGAUUCAGCAGGUUUUAGCAUGGAGGAGCUGAUGAGCAUCCCUGCUGGCCGAAGGCGGAAAUAUCAUGACGACGUCACAGUCAUCGUCAUCGUCUUGGGGACGAACAAACGCACCUCGAAGGCGUCAACGCUGUGUCUUUGAAACAGACCAGGUCAAACUUUUUGCAGCUUCUUAGCUUUAGAUUCCUUCCUCCUUAGAUAAAAGGUUUGCAAUAAACUCGGGACGUACAUAUCUUCUUAUAACGUGUUGUUGUUAGUUGCAAAAAUCGUUUGUUUGCACGAUGAUUUUUUUUGUAUGUGGAAUGAAUAUGUCUUCAUCUGCAAA